AAGCUUUCUGAAUCCAUUUGCUUGGAGGUUUUCUGGGAGCUACACUACAAAGGCAGGAUCAAUUAAAUCUUGGAUCAUUGAUGAUCAAAUUCUCCAGAUGGUCUUCUCUGCCUGGAGGUCAGGGGAGGACUGAAAGUUCAACCCUCAGAUCUUGUCGUUGGUUCUUCUGGCAACCAGCUCCAUGCUACAGGAAUGACUUCAUCACCAUGAGCUCUGGUUUGGCUGAAAGGGAUUUUUAUGAAUAAGGCAACUCCAGGAAGCUUUGUCAGGAAGCAGGGACAAAAAUCCAAACAUACAUAUUUUAUCACAACUGACUUUUUAUUUAAUAUUACAAAAGUACCAGGAAAUUUAAAAGUAUAUGAACACACACAUUAUGUAGAAUCCUUUGACUUUGGAGUCAGUGAAACAACUAACUGCAGAAGGCAAUAAGGAAGAGCUACAGAAAUGUUUUGGGGCUCGAAUGGAGUUUGGGACAGCUGGCCUGCGAGCUGCUAUGGGAGCGGGGAUUUCUCACAUGAACAGCUUGACCAUCAUCCAGACGACACAGGGCUUUUGCAGAUACCUGGAGAAACAGUUCAGUGACCUGAAACAGAGAGGUGUCGUGAUCAGCUUUGAUGCUCGAGCUCACCCACCAAGUGGAGGCAAUAGCAGAAGAUUCGCCCGGCUGGCUGCAACCACGUUCAUCAGUCAGGGGAUCCCUGUGUACCUGUUUUCUAACAUCACCCCAACUCCCUUUGUUCCUUAUACAGUAGCUCAUUUGAAACUUUGUGCAGGAAUCAUGAUAACUGCCUCUCACAAUCCAAAGCAGGAUAAUGGCUACAAGGUCUACUGGGAGAAUGGAGCACAGAUCAUCUCUCCUCAUGACAAGGGGAUUUCUCAAGCUAUUGAAGAAAACCUGGAGCCCUGGCCUCAAGCCUGGGAUGAUUCUUUAAUCGAUGGCAGUCCGCUUCUUCAUGAUCCAAGCUCUCCCAUCAAUAAAGACUACUUCGAGGACCUUAAAAAAUACUGUUUUCACAGGAGUGUGAACAAGGAGACCAAGGUGAAGUUCGUGCAUACCUCUGUUCACGGCGUGGGCCAUGACUUCGUGCAGUCAGCGUUCAAGGCCUUUGACUUUGUUCCUCCCGAGGCUGUCCCAGAGCAGAAAGAUCCAGACCCUGAGUUCCCAACAGUGAAAUAUCCCAAUCCUGAAGAGGGUAAAGGCGUCUUGACUUUAUCAUUUGCUUUAGCUGACAAAACCAAGGCCAAAGUUGUUCUAGCCAAUGACCCAGAUGCUGAUAGACUGGCUGUGGCAGAAAAACAAGACAGCGGCGAAUGGAGAGUAUUUUCAGGCAAUGAGUUGGGCGCCCUUUUAGGCUGGUGGCUUUUCACUUCUUGGAAGGGAAAGAACCAAAGUCACAGUGCCCUCAAAGACACAUACAUGCUGUCCAGUACCGUCUCCUCCAAAAUCUUGCAGGCCAUUGCCUUAAAGGAGGGUUUUCACUUUGAGGAGACAUUAACUGGCUUCAAGUGGAUGGGGAACCGAGCCAAGCAGCUAAUAGACCAAGGGAAAAAUGUCUUGUUUGCAUUUGAAGAAGCUAUUGGAUAUAUGUGUUGCCCUUUUGUUCUGGACAAAGAUGGAGUCAGUGCCGCAGUCAUUAGCGCAGAGCUGGCUAGUUUUCUAGCAACCAAGAAUUUGUCUUUGUCGCAGCAGCUAAAGGCCAUCUAUGUUGAGUAUGGCUACCAUAUAACCAAAGCUUCAUAUUUUAUCUGCCAUGAUCAAGUCACCAUUAAAAAAUUAUUUGAAAACCUUAGAAACUAUGAUGGAAAGAAUAAUUACCCAAAAGCUUGUGGCCGAUUUGAAAUUUCUGGCAUUAGGGAUCUUACAACUGGCUAUGAUGAUAGCCAACCCGAUAAAAAAGCUGUUCUCCCUACCAGUAAAAGCAGCCAAAUGAUCACCUUUAUGUUUGCUAAUGGAGGUGUGGCCACUAUUCGGACCAGUGGAACAGAGCCCAAAAUCAAGUACUAUUCGGAGCUGCGUGCCCCCCCUGGAACUAGUGAUCCUGAGCAGCUGAGGAAAGAACUCAAUGAAUUAGUCAGCGCUAUUGAAGAACAUUUUUUCCAGCCACAAAAAUAUAACCUGCAACGAAAAGCAGAGUAAAUGUCCCACCGUUGAGCUGAAUAGCAUUUGCCUACAUUUAAGAUGAACCUCAUUUGUUAAGCAGUAUUUUUGAUGGCCAAGUGAUUUAUACCAUCACUACAAGUAUUUAUAUUUUUUUUUACAUAGAUCUCUCAUAGCACUAUGUUUGAUUUUUAAAGUGAAUAAAAAGCUGGUGAAACCUUACAAACCAACAUUGCUCUAAAAAGUUGAGCCUGGGUAAAGUCAGAUCACAAUGAUUCUUUUUCUGCCCGGUGUCACAAAAGGCCAAACUCUGCUACAUCAGUUUUUGUAUUACUAAACAUCUAUUUUAUAUAUGCAUAUAAUCCAAGGAAUAUUUUUACUUCAUCAUGGACACAUUUUAUAUCCCUGGAGAUGGUGGUCAGCUCUAGUAGGCUAAGACUCAGGUCUCUCACAGAGAACCGUCACUUUAGUGUUGGUGUUUCAUUUAAUGGGGGCAUUAUCUGAAUUAAAAGAUGCAGACUUUAGGGGCCAAUGAGAUAGCUCAUCUGAGAGAGGGCCUGCCUCGCCAUGUGCUUGACUCAGGAAUCAGCCUUUGUACACCACAUGGGACACUUCCCAUGCUGUGGUCUCUCUAUAUCUAUCUGGAAAAAAUCAAUUCAGAGCAGUGAAACUCUGGUGAAAAGGAGAGAUGGAUUUUAGAAAUGAUCAACUUUUAAAAAAUGACUUUUAACAAUAUAUUGUAGUGAAUGUGCUUUAGUUAAAAUAAAUGAUAGGUCUUCUCUAUAAUUUGUUGUGUCUAUUGUCAUUGAAAAGCUAGAAAGCCUGUAUCUCCCUCUCUCCCUCCCUGUACAGUUAUUACUGCCAUAUGUGGGCCAGUCAUCUUUCAUGUAUAUACAUAUAUCAGUUGCUUAUAAAAUAAAUUUUUUUCUUAUAUUUA